AUGGCUACGACGCCGCCAUUGUCGCCCUUAAUUGCUGCUGCAAAGACAUCACGCGUGGAAGGCUGGAUCCAACAGCUCUCCAAACCAGCUUCAGCCCAGGCAGACGCUCUCUCCCCGCCGUCGACGCCCGAGAACCGCCCAUCGCUGAAGCGGAAGCAUGCGGCCUCUUCCGCACCCUGUACCUAUACAAUGUCGAUGCGCGCCACCAGUCCUAAGCGACCGAGACGCGAUACCAACACCAAAGUCCUGCCUACCCACAGCGUAUCAGCAGCUGGGGCGGCUUCGAAUGCGAGCGCGCUGGCCCUCAACAAGAAGAAUACCUUCAGUCCGCCUGGCAGCUAAGCCGGCACUAGAAGCCCUCGCUAAGCGAACAGCCCGUCGCGCGAUAGCAUUGCCGUGCUAGCUUCCGCAUCCCCUCCAACAAUAACGGAACCGAGCUCAGAGCUGAGGACACCGCCGCCGCGGAGAGUGAGGGAUGUCAUGGAGUGGCUGGACGACGGGCUGGACAGAGGGUGGAUACCAGGAUGGCUGCGGGAGCCAAUCGGGGAAGUCCAGGAUUUUGGGUAUCAAAGGAUUAAGCGUCAUGCCUGGGACGAGAGCACAGCGCGUAGCCUCUCGGACCUAGACCUUAAUAGCGAGGAGCGUGAAGAACUAGCGCAUGUACUCCGGAAGGUGAAG